AUGCAACGCCUCUUACGACACUUUUCCAAAUAUCUGCCUUUAAAACAAAUCUACCACCAACAAGAUACUGACCAGUGUAAAACUCUCAUCUUGGAGCGCUACAAUAUCUUUUCCAUUGAAAAUGGUCCAGGACUUGUCUUGCAUCGAUUCGUUCAUUCAGAUCCAGAUCGUGGAUAUCAUGAUCAUCCAUGGCAAUUCGGAAUUAGUUUGAUUUUGAGUGGAUCGUAUCGUGAAAUUAAAGUCAAACAUCAAACUCGAGAAAUUCAAGAACGAAUUUAUAGAGCUGGUUCUGUGAAUUAUUUUAACGGAAAGGAUUAUCAUCGAGUCUUGUUGUAUCCUGUUGUGAAAUUCAAUGUCGAGUUGAAUUCUCAAAAUCGUGAGAACAAUGAAAGAACACAUAAUUCCAAUGAAGAAGAAGAAGAAGUUUGGACUUUGUUUUUUCAUUGGAAAAGAGUCAAGCAUUGGGGUUUCUUAAAACAAUUAGAUCCCAUGAAAGAAAAGGAAUGUCAUGAAGAGGGACAAUGGGAAUAUCAUCAGUAUAGUCAAUCGAUCAAAGAUGCCGAUGGGGCAUGGUGGGAACGAACAUGA